CCUCACAGUGCUGGGAGGGGAAGCUCACAGCCACAGCAGCGGCAGGGUGUGUGUGCUCAUGGCGGGUGCAGUCCAUGCGCCAAAUUACCUAAAUACGCCACUGGCCAGUGCCAUCAUCCCUCAUGGCUCCACUAUCAAAAGCCAGCUUUGUCUAGCAAACCUGUUGCAUCUUGCCUCUUUAUGAAAUAGUGAAGCUGGAGCUGGAUACCGAAGCUGGAGAGGCAGGCAUUUGGCUCUUGGACAUCCAUCUCUUAGCAACAGCCUGACCCUGAUCUCUGGGUUGCCAACAAGGCCCAAAAAACUGGAGCAUUGUCUAAUGGAGCUGACAGCAUAGUUUCAAUGAAGUCCUUUGGGGCUGGUUUAGUGCUGAAUCAGUGUUCUCAACACCUCUACAACACUAUUUUGGCAUUGAAUAUGUAAAUAAUGACAAAACGUGGAUGCACACUCCAGAGGCUUUAUCAAAACACUAUAUUCCUUAUAGUGCAAAGUUUCUUGGCAGUACAGAAGUGGAGCAGCCCAAAGGUACAGAAGUUGUGAGAGAUGCUGUUAGAAAGCUUAAGUUUGCAAGACACAUCAAGAAAUCCGAAGGUCAAAAAACACCAAAGGUUGAAUUGCAAAUCUCAAUAUAUGGAGUGAAAAUUCUAGACCCAAAAACAAAAGAAGUUCUACACAACUGUCAGCUCCACAGGAUAUCAUUUUGUGCUGAUGAUAAAACUGAUAAAAGGAUAUUCACUUUUAUAUGCAAAGAUUCCGAGUCAAAUAAACACUUGUGCUAUGUCUUUGACAGUGAAAAGUGUGCAGAAGAGAUAACUUUAACUAUUGGUCAAGCAUUUGACCUGGCUUACAGGAAAUUUCUGGAGUCUGGAGGAAAGGAUGUUGAAACAAGAAAACAGAUAGCAGGGUUACAGAAAAGAAUUCAAGAAUUAGAAACAGAAAAUAUCGAGCUAAAAAAUAAGGUACAAGAUUUGGAGAACCAAUUAAGAAUAACCCAAGUACACACAUCACCACUUCUGCACAUAAAGUCUGAUUAUGAACACUACAUGUUUCAAAGACCCUCCACCUUUUUCUGGUGUAGCAAUGAGGAUUCUGCUCCUUGUUUAGAUAUCUCUUCCAUUGCACUCACUCCUAUGAGCUCUCCUGACUCCAGACAGUCAUCUGGACUAUUAACACCACCACCUUCCAAAAGUGGUCUUCCAAAGCCAGCCCAUGAAUACAGCAUCCCAAGACCUUGUGCAGGCAGUGUGACACCUAAAUCACCCUCCACUGACAUCUUUGAUAUGGUUCCCUUUUCUCCCAUAUCCCCUCAGUCAUCAACACCUACUCGCAAUGGCACACAGCCUCCGCCAGUGCCCAGUAGAUCUGCAGAGAUCAGUGCCGUAAAGAGCCUAAGGAAACUCUCAAAGCAUGUGGCCAUCUACCCAGAGAGAGACCUUUUUGGAGCAGAACCUUUUGACCCUUUUAGCUGCGGAGCAGGAGAUUUCCCUCCAGACAUUCAGUCCAAACUAGAUGAGAUGCAGGAGGGGUUCAAAAUGGGACUGACUCUGGAAGGCACAGUAUUUUGUCUUGAUCCUCUAGACAGCAGGUGCUGAUGCCAAGAAUAUAAAUUUGGAAACACUAUAUGAUGAUUUUUUUAAAAGAAGUUUUAAAAAUGUAUUACAAAUACUGUUGAUGUGCCAAAAAUUGUUUUUCAACAUGUUAACUUUGUGAGGUUUGCUUCUGUAAAACUCCAAAUAGAUUCCAGUAUUAUCCCUGUACAAAUGUAAAAAAAAGUCACACUUGUAUAUGAAAUCUAAAUGAGAUCACGCUGCUGUCUUUGCCUUCCACAUUUUGGAAGUCAUCUUCUAUACUUAAUGGCAACUCACCAUGUGCUGUGCGAAGUUCUUUCAAGCAUUCAUACAUACCACUUUGUGUUGGCAGGCCAUAUUGUUUGGGGCUAUUAUUGGAAAUGACAACACCUUAAAAGAAGAUUAUCUCAAUUGGUAUUGUAAUUCUAAAUCUGUACACUAAUGAUAAUACAAUAUUGUCAAGCAUCA